AUGCCACCUCGACUGCAGCUACUGCGUCGAGCAGCAGUGUCGAUUCCGAAGCAACCAAUAUAUCAGCCAUUGGCACCCUUCCUCUACCCGUCUCUGAACCAGCAGCGCUCCGCCUCGAUUCUCUCCUCACUGUCAGACAACAAGGGCGCAUACAACAAGCGCAUCCGGCGAGGUCGCGGACCUGCCAGCGGAAAGGGAAAGACAUCAGGACGUGGUCACAAGGGUCAGAAGCAGCAUGGAAAGGUCCCUGCGGGUAUGAAUGGAGGUCAGACGCCAGAUUGGGUCGUGGCUGGCAAACGAGGCUUCAAGAACCACUUCUCCGUGGACAUGACCAAGGUGAACCUCAAUCGCAUACAGGACUGGAUCAAUCAGGGUCGACUAGACCCAACACAGCCCAUCACUCUGAAAGAACUUAACAACUCACGCUGUGUUCAUGGCGUCAAGGACGGCGUCAAGCUACUUGCGCGCGGCAAGGAGGAGCUCACAACGCCCAUCAACAUCAUAGUUUCACGCGCGAGCGCCGAAGCAAUAAACACAGUCGAAAAGCUCGGCGGCACUGUGACGACGAGAUACUAUACCAAUUUCGCCAUCAAGAGAAUCCUCGAGGAGAAGAUGGAUCCAAUCCACAGCAUUCAAUCGCGCAUAACUAUGGACGCGAAGAAGUACAAAUUCAGGUUGCCAGAUCCGACAAGCAGAAAAGAUCUAGAAUACUACCGCGACUCGGCGCAUAGAGGGUAUCUCAGCCAUUUGGUAGAGCCUGGUCAUGGACCAAGUUUGUUCUUCAGAACACCUGGAAUGGCCAGUAAGCUGGGUGCUGGCAAGAAGCAGGCUGGGAAGAAAGUCUCGUCACAGCAGAAGAGCAGUGACCGUUUAUGGUAG